GGAACAGCCGCCCAACGUGGACUAAAUAUUUCUCCUGUUAAUGGAGUUGUGUUGGUGUGGAGUGCCGUGUUGUUGUCGCCAUGACACUUCUAUACCUGCUGGUACUGGUGCAUGUAGCGGUCGCCGUACAGGUGUCAACGAAAAGCGGAAAGUUAAAAGGAGAUUUCAUAAGAAAUCAGUUUGGUAGCAACUAUUAUGCAUUCAGGGGUAUACCUUAUGCAAAACCAAUGAUUUCCAACAUAAGUUCCAAGGAUGCUCAGCCAAUAGAAAUGUGGAACGGAGUUAGGGAUGCAACUAUUGGUUGGAGGAGCCAACCUAAUGUAACCAAUGAGAGACAAGAGUUAGAAGACUGCCUCUAUCUCACAAUAUAUACGAGGAAGAUAAGAAGAUGGUUACCGCCAACCAUGGCACACACGUACCAAACCUCUCCAGUCGAAGUGUACUUUCAAGGAUGUAACAUCAACUCUAAAGAUAAUCAGACAAAAUCUGGAACUGAUAAUCUACCAAAUGAUGUGGUUAAAGUGCUAAUAUAUCACAGGGAGAUACCAUCUAGCUCUCCUGGAGACAAAACCAAAACUGACAUUACUACGAAGGACCAACUGCUUGCACUGGAGUGGAUUAAGGACAACAUCGUCUUCUUCGGCGGAGAUCCUCAGAGGGUGGCUGUCUUCCAAGGUCAUUCUGGUCUAGCAGAUAUCGACAUAAAUCGAUUAUUUAAUCGUGCCAAUAGGACAUGAUCGAAAACUGCAUAUUCG